UUUACUUGAUAGCGACCUCAUUUGUCUUCCUGGGCUAAGGCAGCAGGUUUCAGAGAGAGAAAUGGCCCUGAACAAUAUGUCCUAUCACUCCUGUGAAUGAAGGCAACAUUAACAGUGGGUAUGGAAACAGAUUAGUUUAUUUCAAGCCCAUCACUGUGGGUAAAAGUAUCUUCACCUGAUCUAGCCAGUUUUUCCUGAUUUGUUAUACUGAUAAGGGUGGAUAGAGAAAACAGUCCUUGUAUGACACUUUUCCCAUUAUGGAGACAAGGCAGGUUUUUUGCUUGUUUGUUUGUUUGUUUUUUUCAUUUUGCUGCACAUAAAAUGCAAGAAGAUCUGCAAAAAUAAAGGGAGAGAAGAAGGACAGGAAUGAUUGAGAAUAUUUGCAAUUAUCCAAAAACCACAGUGAGAAAUGUUGAUUAUUAAGAUAUAAGGGAUAGUGAAAUGAUGUGCUUUGUGUAUCACCUUACCGAUUUAGGUCCUUUGUAGUCUACAACGGGCCUAAUGGAGAACUGGCAAAAUAGCUCACCAGCUUUUGGAGUGCCACCUGAAAUCAAGCAGCCCUGCUUGCUAUUUCUGGCACUACACCACUCAAGAAAGAUCUAUUUAAUUUUUAUUUCACUAACUUUUUCAGUAUGUUCCAACAAGACAGGUUCUCAGGACUCCAAAGAUAGGCUGGAUUCACUGUAUCCAAACUUUGCCUUUAACUCUAGCAUCAAUCAUUGCUCCACAAUUUAUGACCAGCAUAGUAAAGUGGCUUUACUUAAGUAUUAUACCAACCACAGUAGCCUGAAGUAGAAAAAAAGAUCUUGCUUGUUGAUGCUUGGCACCCCCAGGAUUAAUUUGAAGGGUGCCAGAGCUAGAAUUCAGAAACCCUUGUACAAUUUAUUCAACCAUUUUUCUAUUACUGACUUCCAUUUUUUCUUCUGCUUCCUUCUAAAAACGGUGAUGUAGCUGAUAGUAUGCCUCCUUAUGAACUAGUGUUGUUUUCUACAGGAGAGUCACAAACUGGGGCCACUGGGUCAAGGACAUUGAAAAUGAUGCAUAUUUUAAAUCCUAAUAGGUGUGGUGAGAUUACCUGACAGAAAAGUUUAGCAAUUAACCUCCCACCAACCCUACACGAGUGCCAGUUUCCCAGCAUCCUUGCCUAUAGUUGCUCUUUUUAAUUUUUGCGAAUCUGAUGCAUAAGAAAAAUAACGUUAUUUUUUCAACGCACAUUUUUCAAUUAGUGAAGUUGAACAUCUUUACAUAUGAACUGCCUAUUCACAGCCAUUGACCAAUUCUAUUUUUUUUUAAAGAUUUAUUUAUUUAUUUGAGAGAGCGAGAAUGAGAGAGAGUACAUGAGAAGGGGGAGGAUCAGAGGGAGAAGCAGACUCCUCGCUGAGCAGGGAGCCCCAUGCGGGACUCGACCCCGGGACUCCAGGAUCAUGACCUGAGCCGAAGGCAGUCGCUUAACCAACUGAGCCACCCAGGCGCCCCCAAUUCUAUUUAAUUAUAGGUUUUUUCCCUUAUUUCUAGGAGCAGGCUGAAUAGAAGUAUUAUUGUUCUGUUAUCUGUGCUGUAAAAUCAGUUUUUCUAGACUCUCAUUUGACUCAAGAUGACUUUUGCCAUUCAAAAAGUUGAAAUACAUACACAUUUUUAUUUUUAUAAUUUUGUUUCAUAUCUUGCUUAAGAAAGUCCCUUCUUUCCCCAAACUCUGAAAUAUGCUCAGUGUAUUUAAAUCCUCUGAGUUUUAUUCUUCCGUUGAGACCGUUUAUCUACUGGGAUUUAUUUUUGCAUAUAACAUAAGGCAGGGGACGGAAUAAUUCAAAAAUUCAGUUGUCAGGCAUACAAAGAGCUAGAGCAAAAAACGAAGGAGCGUGAGUAGGUCCACUCCGGGUGUUUCUGCAAGCAGGAUUAAGGUCCGAUCUUGGAAGCAUUUCCGGUAAGGCUUAAAACUGUCGGAGCGGGAGAGCGAUUUGUAAUGCAAGCAGCCUAGCUAGCUAGCACCUUAUGCUUUCGCUCCCUAGUGUCCUCAGGAUGAUGAGACGGUUUCCUAUCUAGGAACGUUGGAUACGGGUUCUCUCGGCGCCUCCAGCCACGGAAUAUCUAUCUGCCCAUUGAAAAAGUCGCCUAAUGAAGUCACUCAAAACAUUCCCAAGCAUCAAAGGCAAAAACUGAGAGAAUCAACUGUCCAAUAGCGAGAGGAGGGCCAGCGCGACGACGCUCUGCGCAUGUGCGCUCUCUCCCGGGGUGCCCCUUAGCAAGUCCGGGCUUCCGGCUGGCGGCGCACGCGCAGCCUCAGUUACUGGGCACUGAGCGACUGUGGGUCCGCUCGGCGCUCAGGGGCCGCUGGGAAGAUGGCCGGAGUGGGCAUGGCGGCUCUGGGCGCUUGGGUACCUUGUCGGAGGUGGAACAAAGCGGCAGUGUUCGGCUUCCGCCGUGGCGUCACCGCGUUACUCGCAAGGAAGCCCAAGGGGACGCCGCUGUGGCUCCCAGCUUGCAGACAAAAGACAUCAGUCUCUUUCCUUAGUCGACCAGACCUUCCAAACCUGGCUUAUAAGAAGCUAAAAGGCAAAAGUCCAGGAGUUAUCUUCAUCCCUGGCUAUAUUUCUAAUAUGAAUGGUACAAAAGCAUUGGCGAUUGAAGAGUUUUGCAAAUCUCUAGGUCACGCCUAUAUAAGGUUUGAUUACUCCGGAGUUGGAAAUUCAGAUGGCAACUUACAAGAAUGCACAGUGGGAAGAUGGAGAAAAGAUGUUCUUUCUAUAAUUGAUGACUUAGCUGAAGGGCCACAGAUACUCGUUGGAUCUAGCCUUGGUGGAUGGCUUAUGUUUCAUGCUGCAAUCGCAAGGCCACAGAAGGUUGUUGCCCUUAUUGGUGUAGCAGCAGCUGUAGAUGGCCUCGUGACACAGUUCGGUCAGCUUCCUGUUGAGACUUUUCUCUUGAGCUCCAGACUCAUAAAACCAACUAUCCAAUGAACUGGGAUGGAUCGUGGGCCUCCCAGAUGCAGUAAGUAAAAACCUUGUUACCUCUCCCCUAUAUGGACCUCCCGAAUAUGAGUCCCCUUACGAUAAAUGGCACCACAUUAACCCAUUAUACAAGUCAAAUAUGGGGUCAUUCUGAUCAUCUUUUUCCUCAUCCACAUCAAUCGAAUGAUUCUCUUUCCCUAAUAAAAAAACUCAAAUUGUCUUGCAUAAGUCCAAUGUCCGGCAAAGCCAGUAAAUAUUUAACAGCUAGCUUUCCAAAAAAACAAAACAAAAUAAAAACACCCUGAUUUAUAAAUUUGCCAACAUCCAUGGCAUAAAUAUUUCAUUAAUGACUGGUUUGAAGCUAUUGCUGUCACUGAAUACAACAAAGCUGGGGAGAAAUGGCCAGUAGCACACCAUUAUAUAGUAAAUACACCAUACAGAGACAAUAAACAUAAUAUCCUCAAAAGUACAUGUAAUAGUAAAAUGAAGCAAAAUAAAUAAGGAAGUGAUCCAUUUUGAGUAUUUAACAUUUGUAAUUUAAUUAUAAGUUUAUAUAAUUUAAUUGCUUAUAAUGGCUGAGUGACAACUGGCUCUCACAAUUCCUGAAAAUUUAACCAUGGGGCACUUGCAAGCAGGCUACUUUAUGGGCUAGAGCCUCCUUGACAGCCAAGCCAUAUUUUUCUCCCUGUAUGUCUCUUCUCUUUAAUCCUAUGCUUUUUUGAUACUAGAACAUUUUCACCUGCCUAAUGAAGCUGUCUUUGCCAGCCACGUUCCUGACGUUCCCAACCCCUCCUGCUUCACCCCGUUCACCUGACAAACACCCACUCAUCUUUUGAGGCUUAAAGUCAUCUCAUUUAUAAACCUGUUCCCCAAUCCCUACCCCCUUCUUCUAGGUAUCAUUGUACCUGAGUACCUUGUGCAUAUUUUUAGCAUGACACCUGGCUAGUAUUUAUUGUUUACAAGUUUAACUUUGCUUCUAGACCAUGUUGCCAUGUCUUGUGCAUUUUUGUACUCAAAUACAUAGGCCCUUUAAAAAAGUUAUCGAGAAAAUUAAUGCUAAUACUAGUAGACACUCAGUAAAUGUAGAGUUGAGCCCACUUCCCCCAGGGAUCAAACAUUUUUUUCUCUAAAGACUUCCUGUAGAUUGCUGGACACUUCUAACCUAUUCCUGGGCUGUGGCCCCCCACUCUCUGCCACUGUAUCCUCUCCAGAACCAUGAGCUCAAUGAUUCACUUAAAGCACCCCAGCUAUUUUGUCAUAAUGGAAAGAAAUCUUUGGGUACAAAUGAUCUGCAAAGCACAGAAAAGAAAGAAAGAAAGGAAAGAAAGAAAAAGAAAGAAAAGGAAAAAAGAAAGAAAAGGAAAGAAGGUAAAUGUACAUGUACAUCUUUUAGAAUUGUUUCUAGCUUUAUAUAACAAACCAGGGUGCCUGGGUGGCUCAGUUGGUUAAGCGACUGCCUUCGGCUCAGGUCAUGAUCCCGGGGUCCUGGGAUCGAGUCCCGCAUCGGGCUCCCUGCUCUGCGGGGAGCCUGCUUCUCCCUCUCCCACUCCCCCUGCUUGUGUUCCCUCUCUCGCUGUGUCUCUCUCUGUCAAAUAAAUAAAUAAAAUCUUUAAAAAUAAAAUAAAAUAAAAUAUAUAACAAACCAGCCUCUUCCUUAGAGCAAUUCCAGCCACAGAGAAAGUAACAUGCCUUCUGUUUGGGCCUCUGUUUCCUUAGUUGCAAGUUGGAAUUGACCUUACUGUUGCCACCCAAGAUGCAACUCAGUGACUUCCAAAAUUCUGCUGACAAUUUCCCUCUCUAAACUCUUCCCCAAGCCCAGUUCUGUUGUCUUUAGAGCUUCUUCAUCUGAUGAUUCCAUACAGCAUCAAGAUCUGCAUUAGUCUGUCCUUUCUGUGCCUUUUGCUAAACCCAGUGCUCUACUAAAAGCGGGUUCUCUUACAACCCUCUGUGUCUCAGAGUUCUCUCUCUAUGCCUUCAGCUACUGACUACUAAGUCUUUUCUCAGGCAAACCACCCACAUGUCUACUAAGUGAUUACAUUUCCACUAGUCCAGGCCUCAGCCAGCAGAUUUCUCUCAAUACAUGUAUUAUUUAAGGAGUCAUUCCCUGCCUAGCUUCCAACCAAUUUUUCACAAAAAUUACCUUUGCACAUACCGGAAUUGCUUUAUCUAAUAUGCCGGAGUCAACUGAGCAAUUCUCAGGGGAAAGAAUUCUAUUUGAUUCCUCUCCAGCUCAGUACUGCCACAAUGACGCACUCAAAAAAUACUUGCUGAAAGAACCAAAAGAACACAUUUUGGGGUGUUUUUCUCAUGAAAAGUACCCAGAGACUUGCACAACACCAAUGAGACCUUACCCCCAAGUGGCUUGCAGGCUAAGAAGGCUGAUUGCCCAGCUCUUUGGCAGUUUUAAAAUUUUCAGGCCAACCCACGUCUAAGUUGAUUUGUCCUGAGGUCUUGUUUGACUAUGCUACACUGGUAGCAUGUCAGUGGGACCUGCCAGGUCCUUAACUCAAAUAAACAGAUGAAAUGUUCACAAGCUAUCAAAACCUUUCGCUCCGUGAGUUUCGGAGCGCAUUGACACUGAGCUCUGUUUAACUGAUAAAACAUGCUCCUAGUAUCUUUCGAUUAAAAAUAGCAUUAAAAAAGGUGCAUUCUUUGGAUAAGUCAAACUGAGGCACAAGAGUUUCCCACCAGGAUGGAAGUUUCUGGAUGGAAUCUGGCUGGCAGCUGAACAAGGGAAUGGUUGCAGCUCUCAGCCCCUCCCUCCCGUCCAGCCAGACAACUGUUACCUCAGGGCAGAGGGAAAGUGGUUUGGCAAUCCCGACAGAUGGACAGCUGACAGAACGGACCCUCCCCCAGGCCCCAGGCCCCAGGCCCCAGGCCCGUGCAGCUGCGUGCUGGCCUGGUAGACAAUCAGCCGUCUCCCCCAGAGGAGGGGAAAGAAUUGUGCAGCCAGAAAGAAGCUCUCAGCGGGAGGGAGGCGGCGGGCUUGAGUGACAUGCGGGAGGGCCGGCUUUUUGGAGGGCUCUUAGCAACGGCCCCGGUUUGACCCGCGUCAGCCAGGAGAAAAUCGAAUCAGUCAGUGUACCACUCUUCCAGGCGCCAUGCAGCAUCAGCAACUGAACGUCAAGGCGGCCUGCCUUCCUGCCUGUUAAGGACCUGCUCUCUCCCAGGCCAGGGUCCCCGCCUCUGCAAAGCGCUUCUAGAGAGGGGGAGCCACGACCACCACCCAGGCCCCGGCUGCCGUAGGUGGUGGUGGUGGGGGGGGGGGGGUUCGGCCUCGACUGUGAGUCCGUGCGCAUCA